AUGGAGAAAUUGAGAAUCAAAACCGCAAGCACAAGUAUGGAAGAGGAGGAGGAUAAUGAAAACGAUGAUGAUUCAACGUUUCCUUCAUCUCCGGAAGAAAUCAACUCCAAAUUAGUAGAUUACUUUGGGAGAGCACUCUCCAAAUUAUCUGUGGAAUAUAAAUAUCCAUGGCCCGGCACGAACCAACUGCCGUUUCUCACCGAUAUUCCGUUUGCGAGGAUUCCUGAACCAGUCUACAAAACAGCAGCCGACUGGAUCGACAAAGCUCAUGUGUACACACUCCAUAAGUUCAUAGACUGGUCGUUUUUCUGGAUUCUCGAUCGUCUCCAAGGAAAACCUACCGAUCCUCACUGUGAACUUGGCGUAUUAGCUGCAUUAUCAAUCAUUUUGCGGAGCAAACCUGUUGUAGUGGAUCAUAUAUUGACCCUUCUGAGCCCGCCGCAUCAUCCUUUAGAGAACUUACCGGAAAUGAUUCCGUUUACAGUGUGGAUGAUGGCUCAGGUCGCCAAAGUUGAUUUACGUCUAGGCUUGUCUUCAUGGGCGAAGUUUUUGUUACCGCUACUUCGUGACACGUUCCAAUUCAACCCUCGGUCAAGAAUACUCAUGUUGCAGCUAAUUAAGAAUGUUGUGUCGCAUCCAAAGGCUCGGGACAUACUUUUAAGUAAUGCUGCUAAUAAAGGGGUACAGCGACUGUUUCCAGUUCCUUCAUUUGAGAUGUUGCUACCGCUAACAUUCCCUGCUUCAUUCGAGAGAGUAAAGGAUGUUACAGAGUGGUUUCAGGCAGUUUAUCCCUUGUUGAAGGAAGUGGCUCUUGCCGAUGCACCAGGAAUCAAGGAUAUGAAACAAGUCACUCAAUCUAUAUUCGAAUUUUCUUUGAAGUUCGCUGAGCAAGGAAACGCUGUUUUAGCCAAGGAAGCUACAGAAAUCGCUGUUUGGUGUCUGACCAAGAACGUUGACUGCUGCAAACACUGGGACGAAGUCUAUAUGGAUAAUCCAAAAGCUAGUGUUGCGCUUCUUAAAAAGCUUGUAGAAGAAUGGGAAGAAGAUCAUUCCCUCAAACUAUCUUCAUCACGUAGAGAUACUCGCAUUCUCAAUCGUACUAUGAAGAGCUUUGUGGUCAAGAACGUAAAAGGCAUCACUGAAGGAGGAGUCAGUGGUUUUCUUUACGAAGAAGCUGACAUGUACUGCAAAGAGAUUUCAACAAGACUAUUAUCCCGUGGAAACGGCUUCCCCAAAUGUUGUGUAGCCACUGUUCUAGUUGCUGUAGGAGCCGUUGCUACACUUGUUCUAUCUUCCAGCAUGCAGGACUAG